AUGUUGAACGACCUAGCUCUAGAGCUGACCAGAAGCAAAGGAGCGGCUUGCGGAGCUUUCAAGGGUAUCGAGAAUGUAGUGGAGAGAACAGAGAGCACCAAACUCCGUGCCUACCUUUGCGACUCAACGGGGUAUCCCGUUUCACAGGUAAGGGAAGAGAUCCAAAACUCCAACCUGCGUCAACGAUCAAAAAUGAAGGAUGCUGUUCUGUACGCCAAACAGUCGAAGAUAAGGUGGGCCGGACUCGUAGUGCGUAUGAAUGACAACCGAUGGACAACAGCUGUUAGUGACUGGAUUCCUCGGAAUGUUAAGCGCACUACAGGUGGACUACCGACUCGAUGGUCAGAGUUUUUCACGAAAAGCCUAGAAGAAAGAUAUGAUGCUCGACGGCUCCGUAGAGCGUGCAGGGUCCACUGGGCUACUCUUGCACGCUAUGCGGAAAAAUGGAAGAUUUACUGGCGCGCGCUCGAGUUACUCGACGAUCAACGAGACUACAGAUGA